AUGUUAUUACGAAAACUCCUUCCAGGCACAUCUGCCUUUUCGUCAUCAUUCAACCCCGCAUCAUCACUAAUAUCCGCAACUCUACUCUUCUCAGCAUUUGGCUCACUGCCGGUCCAGGCGGGCGACGUGUUGGAAACUAAUGGCUUCUCAUCUUGUCUUGCGGGCUCCGACAUCACAGUCACUCGAAUGAAUGUGAAAUACGAUCGAUCAACCAACCUUGUGACAUUCGAUUUGGCUGGUUCUUCACUAAGACAGCAAGAGGUGACAGCAAUUUUGACAGUCACAGCUUAUGGGAAGGAGGUCUAUAGAAACGAGUUUGACCCUUGUCAAAAGAAUCUUACCCAGCUAUGUCCUUUGCCCGAGGGAAGCUUUUCUGCCCAGGAUACAAUGACUAUAUCAGAUAGCUACGCGUCUAUGAUUCCAGCAAUCGCUUUUCAGGUUCCUGAUCUUGAUGGUAUGGCAAAGCUGGAGUUGAGGUCUAAUGACGAUGGUGCAUCGCUCGCAUGUCUUCAAUCAGUGGUACAAAAUGGGAAAACAGCGGACCAAACUGGUGUAAAAUAUGUUACUGCAGGUAUCGCAGCAGCGGCUCUUGUUCUCUCUGGUGUUUCAGCUGCUGGGGCUGCAGGAGCAGGAUCUGGUGCAGGUCCAUCACCAAAUUUUGGAGACGUCAUGUUUUGGUUUCAAAACAUUGCUAUGAACGGCAUGAUGUCUGUUAGCUAUCCCCCCGUUUACAGGUCUUUCGCAAACAAUUUCGCAUGGUCUACCGGAGUUAUUCCUUGGGAAUCCAUGCAAAGGUCGAUUGAUACUUUCCGCGCCGACACUGGUGGUAAAUUGGACAAAAUGUCCAUCGACUAUCUAUUGAACGCCACCUUGGUUUACAGCUCAGACAGUAGCACCGAAGCUACAAACAGUACAAACAGUACCACCACCCGCCGUAGUUUGGAAUGGGCAGUCGGAGAAUUACUUCGCCGUAGUGAUAUUGAUGUCGACGGUACAACCAUAAGCGCUGAUGCAACAACUACCACAAAUACUACCGAGACGGCACAAGACAAGGUCAUGCACUAUGUUGAUGGAAUUCAAGCUUAUGUCGAAAAACUACAAAUUCCUUCGGCAAACACUUUCAUGACAGUUUUGCUGAUUUUCUGCAUUGUUAUUGCUUCAAUUGCCGUUUGCAUUCUACUGUUCAAGGUCAUUUUGGAAGUCUGGUCGUUUUUUGCAAGUUUCCCGAAGGCAUUGACCGGGUUCCGCAAGAGAUACUGGGAGUUUUUGGCGAUCACCAUUGUUAGACUUGUUCUUAUUCUCUACGGAACGUGGACUCUGUACUGCAUGUAUCAAUUCAGAAAUGGCGACUCUUGGGGUGCACAUUUACUUGCUGGAGUAACUCUCGCCGUUUUCACUGGUGUUCUCGCUUUCUUUGCGGUCAAGAUCUUCAGGCUUGCACGGGCAGAGAAGGCAGCUGAUGCAGAACGCAUGCAUAACAUGACCUUGAAUGGAUCUGGGGAAAAGCCGUCGUAUGAGAAACUAUUUGAACACAAGGAUUAUAUGCGCCGCUACGGGUUGUUUUACGACCAGUUCAAGUCAAGCUUCUGGUGGGUAUUUUUGCCGUUGAUAAUCUACGCCUUUGCCAAGGGUGCAUUCAUUGCGCUUGGUGACGGUCACGGCCUUAUCCAAACUGCCGGUCAACUAGGAUGCGAGGUGUUCUUGUUGAUUCUGUUGCUCUGGAAUCGUCCUUAUAACACCAAGGCAGGAAAUGUUUUGAACACCAUAAUCGCUGUUGUUCGUGUACUAUCUGUUGCAUGUCUUAUUAUCUUCGUGGAAGAACUAGGGAUCGCUGCAGACACUAAAACCGUUACUGGUGUUGCUUUGAUUGUCAUUCAAUCUGUUCUCACAGCCGCUCUUGCUAUCUGCAUCGCCGUCAACGCAAUCUACGUAACUUGCAAAGAAAACCCCCACAUCAGGAAACGGAAGGAAAUGGAGAAGCAGCGCGAUGCCGAUCUUACUCCUCUCAAUGCUCGCAACUCUCUCCUUGGAGACCCUCUAUACCGUGGUGCCUCUGACGGAAAGGGCAGCACCUUCCCAUUGCAUCAUAUGACACCCGCUCCGCAACACACACUGCAUGGACGAUCUGCAAGUGGCCAGAGCUCUUCUGGCAUGGGAUUAAUGAACGCGGCAGCACCUAUAGCCUUUGGCGAGCCACAUGACCGAGAUCACAUGGUGCAGUACGAUGAACACCGGCAUCAACUACCGCACUCAAGGGGAAACUAUUAA